UUUCGGAUUCCUCUGUUUGCCGUCUUUUACCCAUACCAUCCGACUGGAAGAUACAGCAGGCAAAGAAAUGGCUGUAGAGAACGCAACCAGAGUCUCUUUCCUAAGGAAUUCCUCCAGCUUCCCUGUCAGGAAUGAAUCAAGAUUGGAAAGGACAACUCCCUACACCAAUGUGAUCAUGCCUAGCUUAUUUGGCAUCAUUUGUUUUCUUGGCAUAGUUGGGAAUCUUAUUGUGAUCUACACCAUCAUCAAAAAGAAGAAGCUUCGGUGCAAACAGACGGUGCCUGACAUCUUCAUUUUCAACCUCUCUAUUGUAGACUUGCUAUUCCUGCUGGGCAUGCCCUUUCUCAUCCACCAACUCCUUGGCAACGGUUCCUGGUAUUUUGGAGCUCCAUUGUGCACUAUCAUCACCGCCCUGGACACCCACAGCCAGAUUACGAGCACCAACAUCCUGACAGUCAUGACCUUAGAUCGUUACCUGGCCACGGUCUAUCCUCUGAGAUCUACUUAUGUCCGAACUCCAUGUGUAGCAACCUUGGUUAUCAGCCUGGUGUGGCUCCUCUCAUUUCUGACCAUCAUCCCUGUGUGGAUGUAUGCAGGACUGAUGCCUUUGGAUGAUGGGACUGUCCGGUGCGCUCUUUUGCUUCCCAACCCUGAGACUGAUGUCUACUGGUUCACCAUCUACCAGUUCAUGCUAGCUUUUGCAAUUCCACUGAUCAUCAUAUGUGUGGUGUACUUUAAAAUGCUCCAGCAUAUGGCCACCACUGUUGUGCCCUUACCACAGAGAAGUCUUCAGGCUCGUACCAAGAAGGUCACUCGGAUGGCUGUUGCCAUCUGCUCGGCCUUCUUCAUUUGCUGGGCACCCUUCUAUAUCCUUCAGCUGGCCCAUUUGGGAAUAGGCACCCCUUCUGUUGCUUUUUUCUAUGCCUACAAUUUUGCCAUCAGCUUAGGCUAUGCCAACAGCUGCCUCAAUCCUUUCCUCUACAUUGCCCUAAGUGAGACUUUUAAGCGCCAGUUUAUGGUAGCAAUCCACCCAGCCAAAGAACACUUCAGGGUAAACAAUCACAACCACAGCACGACGGAAGCCAGUGUGUGCUUGAAGCUUGCCCCAGAAUCCACUCAACAGACUCGGUUUUUGGAGGAGUUCUCCCCACGUUCAUUGCCUGUGACGGUUGCGGUUCACUAGUGGUCUUUCCUAAGAGAUUCAUAGUUCUGCUAUUUGAAAACCAAGAUAUGUUUUCCUUCGUAGUAAUCCAACACAUGAUAAACGUGUGGCUUCCUCAGAGCCACUGCUAGGCACAAGUCAAUGAGGUGUUAAUGGGAGUCUGAAAUGUGCAAACGCUAAUCGGUCAUUUAUUAUGAUACAUGAAGAGAAGUGAUGAAAUAAUUGCUGGGAGGACUGGAGGCAAGUAUCCACUUGAAAACUAUUGAAGAGCCAUUGAAAGUCAUAAUGUAGAAAUUAUCCCAUCGAUAACACAAAUGACCAAAAAAAAACAUCCCUCCCUCCCUUCUUUCAUAUCUAUCAACAUAUUUUAUAAGGCAUUUGAUUCCAGAUGAUUAUGGGUGGUAAACAACAAUAAAACAUCAUUUAAAAACAAUUGAUGAAGAAAAGCACAAUCGCUGUCAUGCACACCUCUUCCCAGAGGACAGGCAGAGCGUGCAUCAUCUCAUGGCACAUUAGACUCCAGAGGACGUUCCUCUCAUUUGCCUGGGAACAAGCUUUAUUAAGCGGUAUCAUGGACGUUAUUAGUUCCUGGUUUCUCAUUGAGCGAAAUAAUGUCUGCUUCGUGCCAAAUUGCCUUUGCAAAAAAUAGUAUAAAAUCAAAUCCAUUGUAGGCUUAACUAAUCAAGCCUGACAUAAACAAAGUGAGGAUCUGGGGAUGUUUCAUUACAGAUAGUCCUCUCUUAACAAUUGGUUGCUUAAUAACCAUUCAAAAUACAAUGGAUUUUUAAAAAAUUACUUACAACACACACACACACAGUUGCAUUUGGGGCACUUGGCAACUUCCUUGCAUUUACAACUGGUUGCAGUUUCCCAUGGUCAAGUGACCAGGAUUUAUUUAUUUAUUAGUCAUAUUUCUAUGCUGCCCACUCUUUGAGGACUCUGGGCGGCUUACACCAAAGACAGUAUACUAAAUAGCAUAUUGCCCCCAACAAUCUGGGUCCUCAUUUUACCCACCUCGGAAGGAUGGAAGGCUGAGUCAACCUUGAGCCGGUGAGAUUUGAUCCGCUGAUCUGCUGAACUAGCAGUCAGCUGAAGGAACUGCAGUACUGUACCCUAACCACUGCACCACCUCGGCUUUGCAAUUUUUUUUUUUUUUGCUGUUUUCCAGGAGAAAAACAGCAAAAAGCACCCAUUUGAUAUGCUGGAUUAUUUACCUACUGACCACCUGAUUCGCUCAAUGAGCAUAUGAUUCAUUUAAUGACUGCUCCCUUGCUUCAUGGCCAUAAAAAUGGUUGUAAAAUUGAGUCAGGUCACUUGGUGAUCCACGUAAUGACCACAAUGAAUUGCAACCAAAUUUCCAGGGUCAAUUGUGGUGGUAAAUCAAGGACUACCAGUAGUUAUGCCCCUGCAAAUAAAAAAAAAACCCAGGAAAUUUAGAGCUUCGUGGCACAGAACCAAUAGCUCUAAUGUGUUUAAUGGAAGAAGAUGCAUUAGCUUAAUAUAGUGGACACUGUAUAAGAUCACAGCAUGAACAAAAAUAGAACAAGAAUUCCAUAACUGACUCCAGAAAUGGUCCAAUUCAGCUCAAGUAUUAUCCAUUGGUGUCUCCAGUUAAGAACUUCCUUAAGUGUCUUUCAAAUGGAUAGAUGCCUGGACAGAGAAAGCACUUCUUCUUUCUUAGCAACACUACCCAGUUCAAACAGGCAACAUACCUCCCUACAUUGCUGCCUAUGAUUUAGUCUUGAACCAUGAUAACAGAAAUCCUGCAACUUGCUGAUGUUCUUCAGCAGUAAGGAAUAGCCUUGAAAAAGAGGAGGAAAUGUAGCUGCCAAGGCAAUGCCCAGAUAAGUGGGGCUUAAGUCCAUUCAAAAAAAAAAAACUAAUUUCAGAAAACAUCUCAGACAGGCCCAGUCCUAGAUCACAUGAUGAUAAAAGGAGCUGAGGAGAAGCACAUUCACACUUGUAAGAUUCUGUAUGACAGCUGUUACAAUAAAAGUCCUGCCUUUGAUGACAUUGGAUUCUUAGUCUGGUCUACCCUACAGGCCAGGGGUGUCAAACUGGCGACCCAUGGGCCAAGUACAUCACGCAUAGGCCACACCUACCCCAGCUCUGCAAAUGGGAAAAACGUUGUUUGUUUGUUUGUUUGUUUAUUAGAUUUAUAUGUUGUGAAACAUCAUGUGAUGGCAACAUGACAUUACGAAUUUGACACCCGUGCUAUAGGCCUAACACUAAGAUAUAGGGUAGCAUUUCCAACUUAGAACUCUUGCUGCGUUCUUGGCUGUAUAGGAGAGUGAGGACUUCAUUCAAUGCCAUUUAUUACAUUGUUGGAAUGCUGCCAGGAGUUUAAAAAUUGCACCUGCCAAAAUGUCCCCAUUUAUAUACCCAUUAUAGAAAGAGAGUUAGAUUCUUUCCCCCCCUUCCCUUCCCCAUUACCCCAGCAGGAUGUUAAUACUUUGAAGAGGUCUCACUGAGCAAUGGAGGAGGCGUGGGCGGCCUAAGGCUAUCAAUUAUGGUCUUGUGAUAGGAAGGAUAAUGAAAAGCAGGGGAAACUUUCUUUUUAAGAGAGAUUUCAUUACUUCAUUAAGUUAAACUGAAGUCAAGGGAAGAUUCCCCCCC